GGAAAUUCGGAAAGGAUCGGGGCGACACUUACAGAUACGUGUGAGUUUACUGCACAAAACUUGAAUGAGAAUCAAGCAGCGCGUUCGUGUCCGUCAGCCCGCUGCACGAGGGAAUCCCCUACCUCCGGAUAUCUUUACUGCUCUUUGGUGCUUGUUGUUCACUUCACGUUAACUGGUGCCAUUUCCGCUUCUCAUCGCCCAGUCAAACCGAAUGUUCCUCAACUUAAUUCGUUUCAGUUUAUUCCCCCCAAGUCGGCUUCUUGUCAAAUUGCUGACCUUGAGGAGUCGCUUGUUCGGCGCGCACACAGCACUUUGAUUUCUGCUUUCAGUCCGCAGUGGACAGUUUAAAGACGAGACAUUAAAAGAACGGCGACGAGUCAGUCUGGUUAGUAAAAGAGAACAACGAAUUGAAGACAACAGAGAAGAGUUGGAGCAGAUACGAGCAGAGAACGAAUAGAAAUGUAAAGAGGGAGGUAAACGUGUAGAGGCACAGUAGAGAGAGAGAACAUCAUCUGUUUAAUGUCUAGAUGGAUGGGAGAGACGAAACGUGCGAGUCUGACAUGAAUAUCAUGGAGCAAAGGACUGUACAUAUUAAGGAGGAGGAGUGUGGGUGGGAGCCUGUCCACCUCAAACAGGAGAAUCUCUGCAUUAAGGAUGAGGACUGUGAACUGGGGCCAGUGGGCAUUAAAGAGGAGGCUGAAGAGAAGUCUGUCAGUAUCGUGACACCCAAACAUGAAAGUGUGGAAAGUGUCAAGGAAGAAGACCUUCAUUAUGGAUAUCAAGAUGGAGCAGUGACCGCGUUAGUCUCCUCUCAGAGCACACACUGUUCAUCUUUGGAGCCUUCCAUCGAUGUUAAGUCUGAAUCAUUACAGUCUGACACGAACAGGAGUGUGGAAAUGUCAUCCGUUAGAACGCUGGAGGAUCAGCCACCACCUUCAAAUCAGUCUGGAGCAAGUGACAUAACUCACUGCUGUUCUGAAUGUGGCAGACACUUCUCUUACAAGAGUAAUCUUACAAGACACUUGAGAGUUCACACCGGAGAGAAGCCGUAUUGCUGUUCUGAAUGUGGCAAACAGUUUUGUUACAAGAGCAGUCUUCAGUGCCACACUAGAAUCCACACUGCCGAGAAGCCAUAUUCUUGCUUGGAAUGUGGCAAACGAUUCUCUCAAAUUCACAAUCUUCAGUGCCACAAAAGAAUUCACACGGGGAAGACACCAUAUUGCUGCUUGGAAUGUGGCAAACAAAUAUUUUACAGGAAGAAUUUUCAGGAACACUUAAGACUUCACACAGGAGAGAAGCCCUAUUGCUGUUCUGAAUGUGGAAAGAAAUUUGCGAGAAUCGACAAUCUUCAAAGACAUAAAGUAAUUCAUACGGGAGAGAAGCCCUAUUGCUGUUCUGAAUGUGGCAAACAAUUUUUUGACAAGAGUAGUCUUCAGAGCCACACUAGAAUCCACAGUACAGAGAAGCCCCAUUGCUGUUUGGAAUGUGGAAAACGAUUCCUACGAACAAACAGUCUUGUACGCCACAAAAGAACACACACUGGAGAAAAACCAUAUUGCUGCUUGGAAUGUGGCAAACAAUUCAGUGAAAAGAGCAAUCUUCGGAGCCACUCAAAAAUUCACACAAGAGAACAGAUGAGGCCAAAAGAUUGUACGUUGACCAAAAAAAUAAGAGGACUUGAUACAACCAAGUGGUCAAUCGAAGAUAAAGAGGAGAUUAUGUACUGCUACUUUUAUGCAACAGACCCUGAAUUUCCAACAAUGGGAUAUACCAGGAGGGCUCGCAUAAAACUGCAAUUCAGAAACAUAAUCUCAAGUUCCAAGUUAAAUAACAUAACAGACGCAAACCUAAGGUCUCUAAUUGGAUAUAUUAAAGGAAGUAAGAAAAUAACUCGGGAGAAAUUAGAAUAUCUGCAAAGAAGAGCAAAAGAAGAAGUAAUAUGUGAGAAAGGUCAAGAUCAAAUCAGUACGAGAACCAAAAGGGAGAAGACCUGAGAUGAUGAGAAAAGGAGGGAUCUUGUAUGGUGCAGUAGGUACACCAACUUUAAAGCUUCAGCAGGCAGAUUUAUUAAAAACAAUGAGAGAAUGGACACAUUUGUAAACAAAUCCAGAAACAAACACCAGAAAAUGAAUGGAAAUACUUGAAAAAUUCUUUACAGUCAAAAGUAGAAAAUUAAGAAAAACAAUCGAUUUUUACAUAGUGAGAUUCUAACAACAAAGAGAGAGGUUUUUUGGGAGGGGUGGAAGUAAUGGAAACUGGAAUAGACUAUAAAAGUCUAAAGAGAACUCAUCCUCAAUGUUAGAGGGAGAGGAGACAAUAAACGGAACACCAACAGAAAGUUCCUGAAACUCAAAGAAGAGCAAACAAGCUAAUGAGAAAGAAUGACCAAAACAGACGUAACACCAUCAUUAGAGGACAGGCAUUCAAGAAACUGAGGAGGAGAUCAACAUAAAGAAGUACAUAGAAGUCUCUAAAAAAGAGCGGUGACCAAGAAGAGCACUAAACCGAACUGUACAAUCUUUAAUAGGCAAGGUGAAUAAGGACAUUUUGGAGAUGAAGCAGAACCAAGAGCACAAAAUGGACUUAACUACAGUAAAAGAGGAUCCAGUAAACAGGAUCCAGUAUUGUGCAGCAACACUCAUCACCUCUAAAGUAACAGCACAAAAAAAUAAAUAAAAGUAAGGAAGGAACAGCAAAACUACACUCCUCCUUGGAUGGAGCAAAUUGAAGAAAAAGUGAAGACCUCACGCAAAGAGGUGGCAUUAAUUAAAGCCUACAGUAGUGAGAUCACAAAGUUCUGGUAAAAUAGAACAGCUGAAAUUACAGAAUUGCUUAUGAACAUACGAGGACCUCACCUUCACAAUUGCAGACAAUUUUGGUAGAAGCACAAAAACUAAGAAAAUAUUAAUCAGAAACACAAAGGGGGUACAGAACAGACUAUUUAAGGAAAACCCCAAAAAAUGCUCUGCAGAAUGUUAAGUGGGUAAGACCCUCUGAAAGUAACUCGAGCACAAGACAAAAAAAUAGAUGAAUAAUUCUGGAGAAAAAAAUGGUGAUAAUCAGCUUUAAAACAGAUAAGCAAACUAGAAAUGGAAACAGAAAUCAUUUGAGCAAAAUAAAUGCCAUGGAGUGAACUAACUGCAGAAGAGGUGACAAACAAACACAGGAAGUACUGCUGCUAACUGGAAGGCACCUGAUUUAGAUGGUGUACCAAAUUUUUGGAUAGAGCACCUAACAUCCCUGCACCAGGAUAAGGCCGACUGCAAAAAUACAAUAAUGGAGAAUCCAGAGACAGCACCAGAGUGGCUUAUAACGGAGAUUCCUUUCCUACUCCCAAAGUCCAAAUAUUCCAAAAAGUUACUGCCUUUACAACCUGCUUUCCCACCAUCUACAAACUAUUUACAGCAAUCGACGCAGAGUGAAUUUACACACACCUGGACCAGAAUAGCUUGAUGGCAGAAGAACAAAGGAAAAACAAGAGAAAGUCUUAUGGAACCAAAAACCAGCUCCUGUUGAACAAAGUCAUCAUGGAAUGUUGGGGUAAAAAGGCAGAGACCUGAGUGUGGUAUGGAGAGAUUACAAAAAGCAUUUUGCAGUAUACCUCAUUCUUGGAUUCUUACAAAGUCCAUGCCAUUUUGAUAAACAUCAUCUCAACUACCACGAAGCACUGGCAAACAACCCUACAGCUUCACCAAGAACAGGCACAGGUCACCAUCCCCAACAUAAAACUCAAAUGAGGAAUUUGUCAAGGAGACUCAUUAUCACCUUUACUGUUCUGCCUAGCAUUAAACCCAUUAAGCACCCUCCUCGAUGACCUCAGCCAUAGAUUUAAUAUGAUGAUCCAGAACCUCAGAUAGUCCCUUACCUCCCAUUUACUGACAGGUUGAAGCUGUAUGGCUCCUGCAGCCGGGACCUGAAGGAGAAGCUGCACUUAGUAAAAAUGUUUUCAGAUGACAUCAGAAUGGCAUUUGGGAUUGGCAAGUGUGCCAAGGCCACCUUCAUCAACAGAAUGCUAACCUCAACUGCAAACUUCAAUUUCAAACAGGAGUGUGGUGUUCUACAAAUACCUGGACAUUCAUGACAAAUCACAAAACACUCUGACAGACUGUCAAGGAACACGUCGGUAGAAUAAAACACAAUCCUUAAGGGCUCAUUUAUACUUCACGCUCAGAACGCGUACGCGUCCGCAUCAUGGCUGCCACGC